AUGAGCAACGAUUUGGAGUGGAAAGUGACGCGGCUCAUGGAGAUGGGAGCAUCGAGGUCAAUGGCAAAGAGGGCUGUCGCUCAGGAUCCGCAAGGAGAUGUCGAGGAUGCCGUGAGAUGGAUCAUCAGCAAUCUCGACCAAGGAAACCAGUCAGUGACAGAACAAGUCCCGUCUCAUGCUGUUGGACGAGCCAAUGAUUUGUUUUCUGUCUGCAGCAAUCUUGACGACGAUGCCAAAGAUACAGCCAAAAUUGCUUUCCCUGCUGUUCGUAAUCCCUGGAAAGAAUCUCGGACUUCAUCGGAGCUCCUCGGAAGCUGUGCGUAUUUGUUUCUGCCCUUGUGA